AUGGGUCCGGAAGUAAUCGACUAUGAGUCACCCAGUUCCACAUUCGCCCUUGCAUUUUCACCGUUGGGGUCUUCCUCUAAUUCCAAAUCACAUGCGAAUCAGUUACCUGACCUGAAACUUGCCGUUGGGACGGCGAUGGAAUCGUAUUCUAGUAAUAAUGUGACGAUCAUCGGGCUCAACAGCAGCAGUAUGAACACAUACGAUCCAUAUGACGACCCCAUGAACUCAUUCACCAACUCGACACAUCCUCAAUUCCAUCCUCUGGCCACCGCACCCCAUCCCUAUCCUCCUACAGCGCUGGCCUUUUCACCCACCCGAUUGAGUGAGAGUCUUCAAGCUAGUAGCAGCUCCGGUCAGAUGGUCCGGACACGCGAAAUGUUGGCAACCAGUUCGGAAUGCAUUCGUCUCUGGGAUUUCGCCCAAGGAGUCGCUGAGGACGAUCGUACAUCGGGCUUUGUCACGGAGAGUCGUAGGCUGGGAUUAAGUCAAAAGGGAACCUCAUACCAGUUGGUACCUCGGAGUCAGAUGGCCAACAGCAAGGCCGAUUAUUCCGCUCCACUAACCUCAUUCUCAUGGUCGCAACUUGAUCCCUCAUUAAUCGUGACAUCCUCCAUCGACACCACAUGUACGGUCUGGGACAUCUCCUCGAAUUCGGCGAUCACCCAACUGAUUGCCCACGAUCGAGAGGUGUAUGACGUAUGUUGGUCGAGUGCUUCUCGGGAGAUCUUUGCCUCGGUCGGUGCGGACGGGAGUGUGCGGAUGUUCGACCUACGGAGCUUGGACCACUCAACGAUCCUCUACGAAGCCCAAGGCGGCCCGUUCCAGGCUGGCCGGAACGGGGUGGCCCCAACGCCGAUCUCGCCCGCCGGACCUGGCGCAGCCGCACCUCUCCUCCGACUGAAAUUCAACCCAGUCGAUCCCAAUUACAUUGCAGUCUGCUCGGCCGUCGGUACUGAUGUUCAACUGCUUGACGUCCGGGCACCCGGGGUUCCGAUCGUCGAGCUUAGGGCCCACCAGGCGACGGUGAAUGGAAUAGCCUGGAGCGGGGAUGGAAAUGUUCUUGGCACAUGUGGUGAUGACUGCCAAGUACUGAUUUGGGACCUUUCGGGUGUUCCAUCACUAGGCGGAGGGCCACCCCCACCGCAACCAAACACGCGAACAACAACCCCUCACACAAAAACAAUCAGGGAUCCGAUCUUGGCGUACACUGCACCUCAGGAAGUUAACGCGCUAACAUGGUCGGAGGCAAAUAGGGAUUGGGUGGCUAUCGGUCUUGGAAGAAGAAUCAAAUGUCUCAAAGUGUAA